UGCAGCGGCGGAAGCGGGGCUCGGCUCCCAGCAUCGGUGUCACGGGAAGACCCAGCUACGGCCGCCGCCGAGGGUCCCGCCGCGGCCCGGGGCGCAGGUGCCAUGAGCUCGCAGCAGUUUCCCCGCUCGGGCGCCCCGCCCGCCGGCCUGGGAGCAGCGCCGCCGCCGCCGCCCCUGCCCGCCAGCGCCGCCGCCGGCCUCAUCAACCCUGCCGCCGCCGCCGUGAGCGAUGAAUCUAAUCGAGACUCAGAAGUUACCCCUAGAGAGCACAUUGGUCCUGGUGGCUCCAUACAACCUCGAGAAGAAAAGCAGGAACCAGUGGUGGUUCGGCCGUAUCCACAGGUUCAGAUGUUGACACAGCACCAUCCUGUGCAGUCUGGUGCCCCAGUGACAGUGACAGCUUCACCAGCGCAUUUGACUCCAGCUGUACCACUUUCCUUUUCAGAUGGACUGAUGAAGCCACCUUUGAAGCCUACUAUGCCCAGUCGGCCCAUUGCUCCUGCUCCGCCUUCUACUCUGUCAGCUCCCACGAAGGUUCCUGGACAGGUCACUGUCACCAUGGAAAGCAGCAUCCCACAGGCUCCAACAAUUCCAGUGGCAACAAUCAGCGGACAGCAGGGGCAUCCUAGUAACUUGCACCACAUCAUGGCUACCAAUGUGCAGAUGUCUAUCAUCAGAAGUAGUGCUCCUGGGCCUUCUCUGCACAUCGGAGCUUCUCACCUACCCCGAGGUGCAGCGGCUGCUGCAAUGAUGUCCAGCUCUAAAGUAACCACAGUCCUCAGACCAGCGUCACAGUUGCCAAAUGCAGCUGCGGCUCAGCCAGCAGUUCAGCACAUCAUUCAUCAACCGAUCCAGUCUCGUCCUCCUGUGACCACUUCAAGCACUAUUCCUCCUGCUGUGGUGGCAACUGUCUCGGCCACAAGAGCUCAGUCUCCAGUUAUAACUACAACAGCAGCACAUGCUACAGAGUCAACCCUCAGUCGACCUACUCUGUCUAUCCAGCAGCACCCACCUUCUGCAGCUAUUAGUAUUCAGCGGCCUGCACAGCCAAGGGAUACAGCUACUCGGAUUACACUGCCAUCUCACCCGGCUAUAGGAACACAGAAGCCACAGCUGCACACCAUGGCUCAGAAAACUAUUUUCAGUACUGGUACUCCAGUGGCAGCAGCAACAGUGGCACCUAUUUUAGCAACAAAUACCAUUGCUUCAGCUACCACAGCUGGUUCUGUUUCUCACACCCAAGCGCCUACAAGUACUAUUGUCACCAUGACAAUGCCCUCCCAUUCUUCCCAUGCUACAGCUGUCACAACCUCAAACAUCCCAGUUGCUAAAGUGGUUCCUCAGCAAAUCACGCAUACUUCUCCCAGGAUCCAGUCUGAUUACACAGCAGAGAGGAGUAAUCUCAUUCCCAUCCCUGGUCACCGGGCAUCUCCAAACCCAGUAGCAAUGGAAACCAGAAAUGACAACAGGCAGUCAGUGCCUGUCCAGUUCCAGUAUUUCUUACCAACAUACCCGCCUUCUGCCUAUCCUUUGACUGCGCACACCUACACCCCUAUCACCAGCUCUGUGUCUACCAUUCGUCAAUACCCAGUUUCAGCCCAGGCGCCCAACUCUGCAAUCACCGCUCAGACUGGUGUAGGAGUGGCCUCCACUGUCCACCUCAACCCCAUGCAGCUGAUGACUGUAGAUGCGUCUCAUGCCCGGCACAUCCAGGGGAUCCAGCCAGCACCCAUCAGUGCCCAGGGGAUCCAGCCAGCACCCAUCAGUGCCCAGGGGAUCCAGCCAGCACCAAUUGGGACACAGGGACUGCACCCCACUGCGCCUAUUGGCACGCAGGGGCUCCAGGCAGCGCCGAUCAGUGCUCAGCAACCACAAACAGAGACAAAGACUUCAGCAGUAGUCUUGGCAGAUGGAGCCACCAUCGUAGCCAAUCCUAUUAGCAACACAUUCAAUACAGCUUCUGCAGCGACUACGGUUGUGCAAACCCAUAGCCAAACUGCCAGUGCAAGUGCACCAGCCCAGGGCUCUUCCCCACGCCCAAGCAUUCUCCGGAAGAAACCAACCACAGAUGGGCUGGCAGUCCGAAAAAGCUUAAUUCCUCCUCAGCCUCCUGAAGUAGCUAGCACGCGUGUGGAGAGUAGUAUGCGAAGCACAUCUGGAUCACCAAGGCCUGCUGGUGCCAAGCCGAAACCUGAAAUUCAUGUGUCCAUGGCCACUCCAGUCACUGUGUCUAUGGAGGCAGUGUCUAAUCAGAGCAGCGAGCAGCCCACCAUUGCGGUGCCCCCUACCUCCCAGCAGCCCCCUUCUGCCAUUCCAACCAUUAUCGCAGCCGCCAGUCCCACGUCGCAGCCCACUGCUGCUCUGUCCACCAUUCCAGGAGCCAUGCCAGCCGCCCCGCCAACUUCUACUACGAUUGUGGCUGCACCUGCUCCUCCAUCAACCAUGAGUGGUGCCCUUUCAGCAGUGCUGGGUCCUGCAGUACCAGAGAUAAAGAUCAAAGAGGAAGUGGAACCUAUGGACAUAAUGCGACCAGUAUCUGCAGUCCCUCCUCUGACUACAAGUACCGUGUCUCCAUCUUUGGCACUGUUGGCCAACAACCUUUCAAUGCCACAGAGUGAUUUACCACCUGGUGCCUCCCCAAGGAAGAAACCCCGUAAGCAGCAGCAUGUGAUCUCCACAGAGGAAGGGGACAUGAUGGAAACAAAUAGCACUGAUGAUGAGAAAUCCACUGCCAAAAGUUUGCUGGUGAAGGCAGAAAAGCGCAAGUCUCCUCCAAAGGAGUAUAUAGAUGAAGAAGGUGUAAGGUAUGUUCCUGUGCGUCCAAGGCCGCCUAUCACAUUGCUCCGUCACUACCGCAAUCCCUGGAAAGCUGCUUAUCACCACUUUCAGAGAUACAGUGACGUCCGGGUUAAAGAAGAGAAAAAGGCCAUGCUGCAAGAGAUUGCCAAUCAGAAGGGUGUAUCCUGUCGUGCACAAGGUUGGAAGGUCCAUCUCUGUGCGGCACAGCUACUACAGCUGACUAACCUGGAGCACGAUGUGUAUGAGAGACUGACUGCCCUACAGGAGGGACUCAUUCCUAAGAAAAAAGCAGCAACUGAUGAUGACUUGCAUCGAAUAAAUGAACUGAUACAGGGGAAUAUGCAGAGGUGUAAAUUGGUGAUGGAUCAAAUCAAUGAAGCUCGAGACUCCAUGCUAAAGGUCUUGGAUCACAAAGAUCGUGUUUUGAAGCUUCUAAACAAGAAUGGAACUGUCAAAAAAGUAUCCAAAUUAAAGCGAAAGGAGAAGGUUUAAAGCCAGAAUGAUGACUCUGGAAAUAGAGAAACAUGUACAGAGUGGAGUUGAAACUUUUUGUAGUUUGGGUUUAUUUUUAAGCGGAGCAUCUGAAUAAAAAGGGUGAGUUUAGGGAACAGAUGGCAACAGAUGGACAUGUGAAGCCUGGUGACCUGAAGGGAUUGUCACUGAUCUGUCAUAAUGAACAAAGAUUUCUCUCAGGCUCAUCCAUUUUUUUUGAACUCUUCGCAGUCCCAUUUGUUUAAUCCUCCUGAUGUGUCAGUGCCUACUAAUUGGAACUAGUGAUGCAAUGUGUGGUGGACUGUGCCCUCCUUCUGUUUUGCAGCUUAGGGGUAAGUUACAGUGUAUGCACACCUUGUGUAUAUACAGGAAACUCUACAAGGGACAUUGAGAAGCUGACACAUAGAGGUCAGCCCAGACACCCGUGCUUCAAAGCAUUGAAAAAUCACACCACUUUUGGUUACUCUAUUCAGUUGUUCUUCUGACCUUCCAGUGUCUGAAGUAGCCUUCUCUAAACCAGUGCCACUGCACUACAUCUGCCACAUUUAGAAUCUCCAAUGGUUCAGAAGUCCUAGCUGUCUAUUUAAAAGAAAAAAAAAAGUGUAUGGGGAAUCAUUUCAAAGUGAUUUUUGUAGUGACUCUGUGUGUGUGUCUGGUGCUCUGGGAUAUCUGUUUCGAAGUACGUCUUGCAGCAGAGUACUUCCUGUAGCUAGUAUGAUGUUAAUUGUAUGUACCACAUACAUCUUGAAAACAUUAAUAAAGGACUUGGAGGUUUUUGUACAUAA